AUGGAUAAUCCAGAGGAUACAAUGACCAGCUGGGAUAAAAAGCUGCCAGUCUGGAGCAAAUACGUCGAAGAAUACAACACGGCAAACCCCAACCGCAAAAUUGACGAGUUUACAGUAUUACUGGGCUAUUCCGGAGGAAAGGUCGUUUUUAAAAUGAUCCAAUCGGCGAAGAAGAAUCCUGCUACGAAGGAGGUGGCAACGGCAUUGCAGGAGAAGCUGAUACGGAAUCUGGACCAGAUACCUCGAAGAUACAACGCAUUAAGUUAUGUCCGCAAGAUGGACGAGGUUGAUGUGUUGCUGCAUUAUUACAAAAAAGGGGCUGUGUUUAGAAUGCUCGAAGAGGCAAAGAAGGAUGAGCGUACGAAGAACAUGGCAAAGAAAUGGGAGGAGCAGCUGGUGCGGAAGGUGUUGGAAAAAGAGGGCAAAAUUAGCUAA